AUGGCGUCCUCCAAGUCCCAGUCCCGCAUCCUUGACAAGAGCGGAAAGGAAAUCACCACCGUUGGUUUUGAACGAUUUGGUUUCGACUCCGAAGUUCCCUUCGACGCCGUUCGUUCGCUAUACCUUCAGCCCCACUACGUCCGCAGUGCCAACGCUAGCCCCAAACCUGGCAGUCAGUCAGAGGAAUAUCAAUCCGAUUCCAUCUACUACCCUGACACCCAAUCCAUCUCCUAUACCACACUUGCGCGCUUCCCGCCCGUCAAGCUCCUUCCCCCUGAGAAGCGCAAGCGCAUCCUUGUCACGGGUGGCGCUGGCUUCGUGGGCUCGCAUCUAGUGGACAGACUCAUGCUCCUAGGCCAUGAGGUCACGGUCCUGGAUAACUUCUUUACUGGUGCUAAAACUACCGUGAGCCAUUGGGUUGGACACCCAAACUUCGAGCUCGUCCGCCAUGAUGUCGUCGAACCAUACAUGACAGAAUGUGAUCAGAUAUACCAUCUUGCUUGCCCUGCGUCUCCUCCCCACUACCAGUUUAAUUCGAUCAAGACAGUUAAGACAUCCUUUAUGGGUACUUUGAACAUGCUCGGCCUCGCAAAACGUACGAAAGCCCGCUUCUUGAUCACCAGCACAUCUGAGGUGUAUGGUGACCCUGAGGUUCACCCGCAGCCGGAGGACUACUGGGGCCAUGUCAAUCCGAUCGGUCCCCGUGCCUGCUAUGAUGAAGGCAAGCGUGUCGCUGAGACCCUGACAUACGGAUACCACCAUCAAAAUGGUGUUCACGUUCGCGUCGCUCGUAUAUUCAACACUUACGGCCCUCGGAUGAACCCGUACGAUGGGCGUGUCGUCUCCAACUUUAUCAUCCAAGCUCUACGCGGCGAGGACAUGACAGUCUAUGGCGACGGCAAGCAGACGCGCUCCUUCCAGUUCAUUCACGACCUGGUAGACGGGCUCAUCGCGCUCAUGAACUCAGACGAGACGCGCCCCGUGAACGUCGGCAACCCUGACGAGUUUACGAUCGGCGAAUUUGCCGAACUUGUGCGCGAGAUUGUCGAGAAGGUGCAAAAGGAGGACGGUACGCCGCUAGCGCGGCGCGUGCAGAUCGUAUACAAGCCCAUACCCAAGGACGACCCGCAGAAGCGUAGGCCGGACAUCACUCGCGCGAAACAGGUGCUCGAUUGGCAACCGCGGUGGUCCGUCCGGAUGGGUCUGGAGGAGAUGGUGCGGUACUACAAAGCAAAGAUGGCCGAGGGUAGCAUUUAG